UUAGCAACAAGAAGAGAAAAAAGAAAACAGACUUGGUGCGACGUCAAUUAUCUGGAAUUAUUUCGGCUACAAGAAGGAUGAUAUUGACCAAACACGUGUUCUGUGUCGACAGUACCUUGCAUCUGUUGCCACAGUGAGAGGUAACACAACUGACCAUUUACGUCAGUACCACACAGCCCAGUACGACAAACAGAGUUGAUCUACUUUAAUCUCUGACCCAUCCAGCUUCACUACCCAGAUGGAAUGCUAUUGUCAGCAGAUGUCAUACAAAUCCUGGUGUUGUAACCAUAACCGUCGUUGCAGUGGAGGGGAACAUGUAACUAUGCAGGACAGCAGCAGCCUCUCCCAGAGUUGGCUGCAGUGUGAGUUUGUGUAUUGAGGGAAGUUCUUUUGUUACAGCCCCCGAGAAAAUGGCUCAAAGUUCAAGAGGCGUGCAUGACUAUAUUCAUCUGUUGUGUCCUGCUGAAAGUUGAACCUCUCCGGCUCUCCCUGCUGCAGGACUGACUCACUUCUACUGAUCAUGAUGAUGGCUUACAUCCUAUAUACCGCUCUUGCAGGGUUGGCACUUUUGCUGGCUUUGCUUUACAUUAAAAACCCUUAUAUCUUGCAGGAUUUAAAUUAUGCUCUUACUGCAGUUAAAGUUGGCAUGCAGCUGAGUAAAUACAAGAAGAGAAAACCGUUUUACAGCAUUUUGGAUUGUUUCCUGGACAAAGUGUCGAGGCAGCCGCACAAGAAGUUUUUGCUGUUCGAAGACAGCUGCUACACUUACAGCCAGGCAGACAAGGAGAGCAACAAAGUGGCCAGAGCCCUGUCCACUCAUGCAAACCUGCAGGAGGGGGACACCGUGGCCUUGUUCCUGGGGAACGAGCCGUGGUUCGUGUGGGCCUGGCUCGCGCUCGCCAAGCUGGGAUGCACAGCUUCUCUCCUGAACAACAACAUCAGGUCCAAAUCUCUGCUGCACUGCUUCUCCUGCUGCGAUGCCAAAGUCCUGGUCGCUGGAGCCGAUUUGCGGGGGGCUGUAGAGGAGGUGCUGCCCACCUUGAAGGAGCAGGGCAUCCGUGUGUUCCUCCUCACUGAGCACUGUGAUGUGGAUGGCAUUGAAAGCCUCACUGACAAGAUCCAGCAGGCCUCAGAUCAGCCUCUGUCACCUCAGCUGAGGGCCAACAUCCACAUCAAGAGUCCUGGGCUGUACAUCUACACCUCAGGGACCACAGGGCUUCCCAAAGCAGCUGUAAUAAACCAUGAGAGGAUAUGGAUGGCAACGUUUCUUCAGUCUCUUGCUGGCGUUCGCUCAGACGAUAUCGUCUACAUAUUCUUGCCUCUUUACCACAGCUCGGGCUUUCUGAUGGGACUUUGUGGAGCAAUAAACCAAGGCAUCACUAUUGUUUUAAGGCGUAAAUUCUCUGCUUCCAACUUCUGGAAUGACUGUCGGAAGUACAAUGUGACUGUCAUUCAGUACAUAGGAGAAAUAAUCCGCUACCUCUGCAACACACCAAAGAGAGACAAUGAUAGAGAUCAUAAAGUCCGACUGGCGUUGGGGAACGGGAUGAGAUCUGACGCCUGGGCUGAAUUCCUGCAGCGGUUCGGGGACAUUCGUGUCUGUGAGUGCUACGGAGCAACAGAAGGAAAUAUAGGCUUUGUCAACCACAUUGGCAAAAUCGGAGCGAUUGGCAAGGAGCAUUUUCUUGUCAAGAUGGCGACUCCAUAUUCCCUCAUCAGGUACGACACAGAGAAGGAGGAGCCAGUCAAAAACUCCAAAGGAUUUUGUAUUGAAGUCCCCAGAGGAGAGACCGGUUUAUUGGUGGCAAAGAUCGGAGCAAGAUCACCUUUCAUUGGUUAUGCCAAGAACAAGCAGCAGACACAGAGGAAGAUGCUGAACGACGUGUUUGUGAAGGGAGACCACUACUUUAACAGCGGGGACCUGCUGAGGAUAGACGAAGAGGGAUUUAUCUACUUUCAGGACCGCAUUGGAGACACUUUCAGGUGGAAAGGAGAAAAUGUAGCGACCACAGAGGUGGCUGAUCAUUUGCUCAUGCUGGACUGGGUUGAGGAGGCCAAUGUCUACGGUGUAAAGGUGCCAGGACAUGAGGGAAGAAUUGGAAUGGCAGCAAUAAAGCUCAAGGAGAACAUGGAUUUUGACGGCAAAGCUGCAUAUCAGCAUGUCAAAAACUUCCUCCCCAGCUACGCAAGGCCACGCUUCAUUCGCAUACAGGAUGCUCUGGUGGUAACUGGGACGUUCAAGCAGAUGAAGGUGAAGCUGGGGGAGGAGGGCUUCAACCCCUCCGUCAUUAAAGACCCUCUGUUCUACCUGGAGGACAACAAGGGCUACGUGCCCAUGACUCAGGAGAUCUUCAGCUCCAUCGCAGAGGGAAAAGCCAAGCUCUGAGUGACUUCAGUGUUUGUUCUUGGACUGAGAGUCUAGUUUUUAGUUGGCACAGGAGACCAAAUGAUGAAGGAUGACCUGAGUGUUUCUAAACAACACAUUCCAUGAGCUCCUUUACUUUCUGUGGUGUAGAUGUUGUAAUGAUUCAUAUCAAGGAAUAAUAUAAUUUUGUUUUGUUUUUUAUGCAUUCAUUGUAAA